AGAGGGGGGGGGCGGCAGCAGCGGGUAAUGCCAGGCCCCGGAGGUGCCCAGCCUGUGCCAGUCUCGCCCCACCUUGGGGUGUUCAAGAAAUCCAGCCCCAACUGCAAACUCACAGUGUACCUCGGCAAGCGGGACUUUGUGGACCACCUGGACAGAGUUGACCCCGUAGACGGAGUGGUCCUUGUUGACCCUGAAUACCUGAAGGAUCGGAAGGUGUUUGUGACGCUGACCUGCGCCUUCCGCUACGGACGUGAGGACUUAGAUGUUCUGGGCCUCUCCUUCCGCAAGGACCUUUUCUUGGCUUCAUGGCAGGCCUUCCCGCCCCCCGAGGAAGCCCCCGAACCUCUCACCCGCCUGCAGGAGCGGCUGCUGCGGAAACUGGGUGCCAACGCCCACCCGUUCAGCUUCAUAGUAAGAGAGGGGAGGGAAGAACCCCCAAUCCCUGCACAGAUUCCCUGCAGGGCAGGGGGAGGUGGGGGCUCCGCGUGUGGAGUUGAUUUUGAGAUCCGGGCUUUUUGUGCCAAAAACCUAGAGGAGAAAAUCCAUAAAAGGAACUCCGUCCGCCUCGUCAUCCGGAAAGUCCAAUAUGCCCCGGAGAAGCCCGGCCCGCAGCCCAUGGCUGAGACCACACGCCAUUUCCUGAUGUCCGACCGCUCUUUGCACCUCGAAGCAUCCCUGGACAAGGAACUUUAUUACCACGGGGAGCCCAUCAGCGUCAACGUCCACGUUACCAACAAUUCCAGCAAAAGUAUCAAGAAAGUGAAGGUGUCUGUGCGGCAGUACGCGGACAUCUGCCUCUUCAGCACCGCCCAGUACAAGUGCCCCGUGGCCCAAAUCGAACAGGAUGACCAAGUCGCGCCCAGCUCCACCUUCUGCAAGGUUUACACGCUCACGCCCCUCCUCAGCAACAACCGCGAGAAGCGGGGCCUUGCGCUCGAUGGGAAGCUGAAGCACGAGGACACCAACCUGGCUUCCUCCACCAUCGUGAAAGAAGGCGCCAACAAGGAGGUGCUCGGCAUCCUGGUCUCCUACCGUGUCAAAGUGAAGCUGGUGGUCUCGCGGGGAGGGGACGUCUCUGUGGAGCUGCCUUUCGUCCUGAUGCACCCCAAGCCCCUGGACCAGAACUCGCCCUCGCAGCCUCAGCUUGCUGCUCCAGAAACGGCAGCACAACCCAUCGUCUAUAAAAAGGAACGCACACGUCUCACAAGCUAUGAGCAGGAUGACGACAUUGUGUUUGAAGACUUUGCCCGCCUGCGGCUGAAGGGGAUGAAAGACGACAAGGAGGACGACGACCAUUUCUGCUAA